AUGGCCGCACAACAGCCACAGCAGCCUCAGGCUCGUCCUGAAGUGGGCGACAUCCUGCUUGUAAUACGUGAGUGCCAUUCUAUGUCUGCUGGUGAGGAGCUGGUCGGUCGCGGAACCCAGACUGUCUCCCGAGUAGUUGUGUGGCAACGGACUACCUGCUCCUUCGCCGUCUCGUGUGCUUCGGGUCAUGCUAACUGUGCGCCUGCUCCAGAUGAUUUCCAAGCGCGUAGUUCAGACGAAUUGAGUUUAGCAAAAGGUGACCGGGUCGAGUUGAUCGAAAGGGACGACGAGUUUGGCGACGGUUGGUUCUUGGGCAAACACAUGGUCAAUGGAAACAGUGGUCUAUUUCCCGAAGUAUAUACACGACCCGCUCCCAAAGGCAUUUCCGGAGUCGCCAGCGCCUCCUCAUCACUCGAGCAGGCCCUCUCCCGCGUACACGGGGCAGCCACGACCGAGCAGAAACCUGCCCCUGUCGCUGCCGCGGCAGAGCAGCCUCGAUCGGUAUCAACACCAAUCGUACCUGCCGAGAAGCCUAAGGCCGGCUCGGUGGACCUGCCGUUGAGCAAAGCAGCUUCCAUGUCACCGCCCCCCUCCGCAAACAGCUUUGCUACCAAGAGUCUGCCCCCCAUCGCUUCCGGCAUAGGCAGCCUGGGACGCCUGAACAACCCUGCAGACAGCCACGUCCUGCACGAGACCCUCAACGUCAUCGAUGAGCAUAUUACCGAUCUGCGAUCACCAGGCAACGGCGGCCUCCGUGCGCCCGCAAACGACUCCGGCAGCGAGUACAGCUCCCACCUCGACCACCGACUCUCGUACAUCCAAGGCGAGGAGACAGACGAGGAGGAGGAGGGGCUGCACACCCGUGCAGAGGUCGAGGCUUGGUCCGCCGACGACGUAGCCGAGUACCUGUUCACAGCCGGAGUCGAGAAGCACCACUGCGAGGUCUUCCGCGACCAGGAGAUCAGCGGCGAGGUGCUCCUCGGCAUGGACCAGACCUCGGUCUUUAUCAAGGCCUUCGAUCUGGGCUCGGUGGGCCGUAGGCUCAAGACGUGGCAGAAGAUCAAGACCCUGCAAGACGAGGUCAACGGGCAGGGGCCAUCCACGCGCAGGACGACGCAGACAUACGGCAGCGACGUUGGCUCGGAUGACGCACGGCUCAGAAGCCGCACCAACACCCUGACCUCCCUCCAGCAGAAACUCCCACCCAUCGACGACCGGCCUGGCUCUGUGCAGACCAGACGGUCCUCCAUCGUUACGCCACGGAUGGACCCGACGCAGGCUGCCGGCCCUGUGUCACCGACUGCCCUGGCCGACGGUGCCAACCGGCCGAGACACGAGAAGCGGCCAUCCGCUGCGUCCGUACGAGACCUGCACCACUCGCGAAGACAUUCCUCCACGGAGUACCGCCUUACCGGCACGCCCCCGGUGGGCAGCUCUGCCACCCCCAACAAGUUGAUGAACAGUGGCACGUUCCCUAAGACGGAACCCACAGCAACGGGCGGACACAAGAAGCAACCGUCUUUUGACCGGAACUGGACACUGGGAGGCGCACGGCCUCUGUCAUCUGCUGGUUUCCAGGACGCCGCGACGGCUUCUGAUCCUGCGCUCCAGGAGCCCAAUCUGGACCUGGACCGUGGGUAUUUUUCAGGUACCGAGGUGGAUGGCCGGUCACGGCGCAACGUGCUUAAGAAGCGCGACAGCGGUGUGCAGUCCCAUUCGCGGAACACCUCGUACACCGAGGAACAACGGGUCCGUAGCGCCACCGCUCUGUCCAGGCAUUCUCGUUUCGGAAGCGUAGGCUCCAUCCAAGAAAGCGCACCCUCGGCGGUCCAAAAGUACUACGGUAUCCAACCGUCGGCCCACCGGAAAACAGCAUCGACGGCCACGACGGAGUCGAUACGGCCAGUCCCGCCAGCUAAGGACUACCCCUCCCCGACAGUGACCAGACUCGACAGCAGCGCCCUGGAUAGCGUCCGCUCGUCGCCGGUGACGCAGGUCUCGCCCACCAACAGGCAAGGCAUGCACGGCGACUGGCUGGGCAAGUCGAAUCUCAAGGCUGCCGGGCUGGGUCUGCGGGCGAUAUCCGAUGCGGUCACGGGCAACGAGAGGGCGAAACUCGCCGAGAACAAGGACUCGCCGCUUCAGUCACCGGCCCGGACAGGGUCCAGCACUCCUUCUGCGGGCCAGAGCUUCGAGCUAGACUCGCCAAAUACCAAGAGCCCCGCAACGACGACGACGACGAUCUCCGCCAAGAGCGCCAAGAGGAAGGGCAAGAAGGAAACGAGCGCUUACCUGCGCGGCCUGCAGGCUCUGCCCCCGCGAGAGGCGAUGGAGGGCGCGGAUUACAGUGGCUGGAUGAAGAAGAGGAGCUCCAACCUGAUGACCACCUGGAAGGCGCGUCUCUUUGUGCUCAAGGGCAGGCGAUUGGCGUACUACUACUCGGAAGACGACACCGAGGAGAAGGGUCUGAUCGACAUAUCCUUCCACCGUGUGCUGCCGGCGGACAACGAGCGGUUGACCGGGCUCCAUGCUACGCUCACUGGAGCCUCAACUACACCGACGAUGCCCGCCGGCAGCGCCAUGACCACUGCUGCCGACACGGCCGCCGAGGCAGACACGACCAAGUCGUCCGAGUCGAUGUUCAUCUUCAAACUCGUCCCGCCGCGGGCUGGCCUUUCCCGUGCCGUCACCUUCACCAAGCCCACAGUCCACUACUUUGCCGUGCCCAACAUCAAGCAGGGCCGGCUGUGGAUGGCGGCGCUCAUGAAGGCCACCAUCGACCGCGACGACAGCCAGCCCAUCACCACGACGUACCAGCAGAAGACCAUCUCGCUGGCCAAGGCGAGGCAGAUGCGGCACCGGCCCCCGGCGCUCAUGAACCUCGACGAGAAGAUGGAGGACGACGACGGCGGCCAGGACUCGUCGGCCAAGGACGGGGGCGACGCCGCCGCCGCCGCCGCCGCCUCCAAGAAGGAGACGAACGGCCUGGGCAUCGUCUACAACGAGAACGACAGCGGCGUCGCGGGGCUCGGCAAGCUGGGCAUGCAGGGGCUGCAGAAGGUCGAGAGCGCCACGUCGAGGCAGUUUAGCUUUGACGCUGGGGACAAGGAGAGCGGGGGGAAGCAGUUGCCGCUCAGCGCGUGA